AGGAAAUUUCCCCAAAAUUAUCUCCUACAGUCUAACAUACAUAGCAAGAUUGAUAUUUGAUGUGAAACUGGGAUUAAAACUCGAAUGAACCAGGUGCUAAAACAGUGGCUAAAUAAUGGAAUUUAGUACUUAAAUAGGCUGGAGUUGAAGAUUGAUCUGGUAGAGACACCAUGUUUGCAAGAUGGUCUUACAUGACUAAAGUUGUCAUCAUUCUGAACUCUGUUACAAAUGUCAUUCAAGGUAUAAGAUUUACUACUGAACCUUCAGACCAGGUUGCUGCCCUUGUCCAGUCGUUGCUAUGGAAUUGUGAGGCCACGGAUGACACCAAUGUUGUCACUUACAGAUGGACAUUCAAUUCUGCCAAACUUCCGUUGCAUGAAAACCACGUAAUUUAUAGUAAUGGGUCCUUGUUUAUACGGAAAGUGACGUACAACGAUGUUGGGUUGUAUGUAUGCUCGGCCUCAGCAGGGGGGACAACUGUGUCAAGCCGAGCAGCCAAUCUAAAUAUAGCAUAUAUUAACCCAACAUUUAGUGUACAGCCUGUAUCACAGACAGCAAUUCUAGGUGACAAUGUUAUAUUAUCAUGUUAUAUUGAGAGUCUACCACCAGCAGACGUACAAUGGACCCUUGAUGGCGAGAGUGUAACAAGAGGCGAAAUAAGUCAAAACAGUAGUGGAGCAAGCACGCUGACCCUGUAUCCAGUGAUGUAUUAUCAUGUAGGAACAUACAAGUGUGUAGGGUCCAAUCCUUUAACAGGUGUUUAUAGAUACAGUAAUGAUGGUAGAUUAGUUGUUCAAGGUCAGCCUGUAUUUUUAUCAUCACUAGCAUCAGUAUCUGUGCCGGUUGGCUUCCAGGCUAAAUUUAUAUGUUAUUUCCAUGGCAACCCAGAACCAAAGGUCACAUGGUUUAUGCACAGGGCAACAAAUGAUGAUGUCAUUAGUAAAGAAAUAAUGGUAUUAUUCUUUAGAUUUGGUUGUUGUUGUCAUCUUUUAGCUUUAAACUUUAAUAUAUUAUCUUAG